AUGGCACUGGACAGCGCCAGAUUCCAUUGGGAUCAAGGUGGCCUCAACCUCUGGGACAUUGGGCUCAUAUCGAUUGCCUACAAGCCAGGAAGUGUAGGCGGUGGUCUUGGAGCUGCAAUGAACCAUUUGGUGAACUACUUUAUCUACAACUUGGUCGGUGAGUCCAGAUAG